UUAAGACAAAUUAAUGGGAAAACCCACAUAACUUGACUCGCGACUUGGGCGGAGUUAAUGUAAAUGACGGUUACAAAAUUAGCCACUCACGAUAAGAAAAUCGAUAUCAGUCAGUGACUACAUGUGUAUGAUGCAAACACUGAAACGGCAAGCUAUUCUGAAAUUGGCAGUAAAAAUGGCAGCUAAGGAUAGUGACAAUGCCUCAGAUGAAAUAAUAGACACGAAAUGUUGUGUAUGUGCGGGGAAAAAUAUUAUUCGACAAGCUGAAAAAUACUGUGUAGAAUGUCAGGACUAUUACUGUAUACCAUGUACAGACAUGCACAAAACUUUUCCGUUACUGGGAGGACACAAAUUGCUGGAUAAAGCUGAAUUCAGUACACAUGGUUUACAGACAUCUUUACCGUCUUUCCCAACAGAGAGGUGCCAGAUUCAUAAAGCGAAACUUUUGGACAUGUUUUGUAAGAACCAUGAUGAGGUUGUCUGCGCUACUUGUGUAGCUAUAAAUCACAGAACCUGUCAGGAUAUACACUCCAUUCCUGAUGAAGUUGACAAUCUGUACAAACAAUCAGCUUCUAAUCAAACCAAGAAACAACUCUUAACAGCAAAGAAAGAUGCAGAUGAUAAGAAGAAAGCCAGACAACAACUUCUCUGUGACCUAAAGAUACAAGCGCAAACAGCGACUGAUUCUAUCACAAACUACAGAAAAGAACUGGAGCCGAGCUCAAGACACUAGAAUCUGAAUCAACUGAUGAAGUUAAUGCACAGUAUAACAGUAUGGAAAGAUAUCUACAAAGUGAGAUCAAGGAAGCAGAGCAAAAUAUUGAUGACUUGGAACAAUCUGUUUACAAGCUGCAAAAGUCUACUGGAAAUAAAGCCCAAGAAUUUGUAUGUGUCAAAACUUCCCAGAAAAUAAUCGCUUCAACUAAAAGUUUUGUAAGCACCAUUCAAACAAAAACAGAAGCGAAAGUAAGUUUUUCUGCCGAUAUGAAAAUCAAAAACUACCUAAAACAGCAGAAAGUAUUAGGACAAGUGUCUACAGCAAAAGCAACUUACACGCCAAGAACCACAGCAUACAAAGUAAAACAGAAGAGGGAUAUUGAUAUUAAGCUUAAAGAAGACAAAACUACGUGUAAUAUAUAUGGAUCCUGUUUUACUGAGGAUGGUUCCUUGCUGUUAGCUGAUUUGAAUAAUGACAAAUUGAAACGUCUGGAUGUUUCUACAGAUACCAUCAUAGACCAUCUAGAUCUGGAGGACAGACCUAUUGAUGUAUGUCUAACCAGAAAACAAGAAGCUGCAGUAAGUCUGAACAACAAAACCAUACAGUUUGUUUCACUAGGAAACAAGAUGGCAACAACAAGGAAGCUAAAGAUGGAUCAUCACUGUUAUGGUUUGGCCUUCAAUGAUGGAAAAGUUUUCAUAUCUAAUGAAUUCAAAACGGUUUAUAUUCAUGAUAUAAGUGGAGCUAUGUUACAUAAAAUUACCAAUGACAAGUUUGGCAAGCCGGUUUUUACUUACAGUAGACAUUAAGUGUGAGUACAAACAGAAACUUUGUGUAUGUGGCUGAUAAUGAAAAAGGUGUGAUAACUCUAGACAUACGGGGGAAUUAUCUAUCAACUUUUACUGAUCCUGAUUUAGUUAAGCCUUGCGGAGUAUGUACAGAUCAGAAAGGAAACAUACUGGUCUGUGGGAAUGGAUCAUUAAAUAUUGUCCAGAUAAGUGAAGAUUCAAAAACAAAAUUAGGCAGCAUCAAAACAGAAGAGGAUCCAUUAUCAGCCUGUUUUGAUCCUUACCAGAACAAACUAGUUGUAACUCAUCAUAGCAACAAUACCGUUAAAGUCUAUGAGCUGGAGUAAGGUACAUUUACUGUUGCUGACACCACAACUAGAAACACUGAAUGAUCCCAUACUUAAUUUUGUUUUAAAUCAUACUGACACAAUUCAGGCCAAAUGACGACAUUCCAGCUUUGAUGAUGGAUGAAAAUCCAAACUGGGCUCUAGGUAUUAUUUCAGACACAAGCAUGCGCCUGGUUAGAACCACUGACCUUCCACAAGCCAGCUGAAUGGCUUCCUUUUAUGACACCCAAAGCAGGAAGUGAGCCCAGAGAGAUGAGGGGCAAAUAGUUCUAACUCAAAAACUUUAAUUAGCUGAUCACAAAAUUAUAAGCUUUGAUUUACAUAACAAACAUUAACAAGAGCUCUUAGAACACGAAAUGUUCCCCUUGAUGCAUUCAGUAAUUGCACAAGGAACAAAAAUUAUAUGGUCACUGUACACAAAAGUUCUACUGUUCUGGGUAAAUGUGACCUUGACCUUCGACCAACUGACCUUUAAAUAUACAGAGGUCAUGUGUUGGUCAUGAUCAACCUCCCUAUUACUUUUCGUGAUUCUAGGCCCAAGCGUUCUCAGGUUAUCGUCCAUAAAUGGUUUAAAUUUGACAGUCCCGGGUCACUGUGACAUUGACUUUUAGCUUACUGACCUCAAAAUCAAGAAGGGUCAUCUGCUGGUCAUGACCAACCUCCAUAUCAACUUUCAUGACCAUAGGCCCAAGCGUUCUUGAGUUAUCAUCUGGAGACCGUUUAACUGUUCCGGGUAACUGUGACCUUGACCUUUGACCUCAAUAUAAAUAGGGGUCAUCUGCUAAUCAUGAUCAACCUCCCUAUCAAGUUUCGUCAUCCUAGGCCCAAGCGUUCUCAAGUUAUCGUCCGGAAACCGUUUCACUGUUCCGGGUCACUGUGACCUUGACUUUUGACCUACUGAUCUCAAAAUCAAUAGAGUCAUUUGCUGGUCAUGACCAACUUCCCUGUCAACUUUCACGAUCCUAGGCAUAAGCAUUCUUGAGUUAUCAUCCGGAAACCGUUUAACUGUUCCGUGUCACUGUGCCCUUGAUCUUUGACCUAUUGAUCUCAAAUCUAAUAGAAGUCAUCUGCUGGUCAUGACCAACCACCCUGUCAUUUUUCAUGAUCCUAGGCCUAAGUGUUCUUGAGUUAUCAUUCGGAAACCGUUUAACUGUUCCAGGUCACUGUGACAUUGACCUUUGGCCUACUGACCUCAAAAUCAAUAGAGGUCAUCAUGACCCUAGGCCCAAGCGUCCUUGAAUUAUCAUCUGGAAACCGUUUAAUUGUUCCGGGUCACUGUGACCUUGACCUUUGCCCUACUGACCUAAACAUAAAUAGGGGUAAUCUACUGAUCAUGAUCAACCUCCCUAUUAAGUUUUGUUAUCCUAGGUCCAAGCAUUCUUGAGUUAUCGUCCGGAAACCGUUUCUGUGUUCCAGGUCACUGUGACGUUGACCUUUGAUCUACUGACCUCAAAAUCAAUAGGCGUCAUUUGCUGGUCAUGACCAACCUCCCUAUCAACUUUCAUGAUCAUAGGCCCAAGCAUUCCUGAUUUAUCAUUCAGAAACCGUUUAACUGUUCAGGGUCACUUUGACUUUGACCUACUGACCUUAAAAUCAGUAGGGGUCAUCUGCUGGUCAUGACCAACCUCCCUGUCAUCUUUCAUGAUCCUAGGCUAAAGCAUUCUUGAGUUAUCAUCCGGAAACCGUUUAACUAUUCUGUGUCAGUGUGCCCUUGACCUUUGACCUAUUGAUCUCAAAAUCAAUAGGAGUCAUUUGCUGGUCAUAUCCAACCAUCCUGUCAUUUUUCAUGAUCCUAGGCCCAAGUGUUCUUGAGUUAUCAUCCGGAAACCGUUUAACUGUUCAAGGUCACUGUGAAAUUGGACUUUGACCUACUAACCUCAAAAUUAAUAGAGGUCAUCUGCUGAUCAUGAUCAACCUCCAUAUCAACUUUCACGACACUAGGCCCAAGCGUCCUUGAGUUAUUAUCUGGAAACCGUUUAACUGUUCCGGGUCACUGUGACCUUGACCUUUGACCUUAGGAGUCAUCUGCUGGUCAUGAACAACCUUCCUGUCAACUUUCCUGAUCCUAGGCCAAAGCGUUCUUUUUCAACAGGAUUUUAGUUAUGUAACGGCGGGCAGUUAACCUAACAAGUGUUCCUGGAUUCUGUACCAGCACAAACCUGUUCUCCGCAAGUAACUACCAACUUCCUCACAUGAAACAAAGGUGGAGGACGAAUUAUGUCAGACACAAUGUCUUUUAUCAAAUCGAACUCAUGACCCCGCGAUCUGCGCUCUCCCAAUUGAGCUAAGCGAACGGAUAGUUUUUAUGCCCCCCUUCUUUCUCCACCACCAAAGCUGGAAAGUUGUCAUAUGCCCUAUAACCUGAAAACAAUCCUGUUAUGUCACUGAAAAAUCAUGGUAUUUUACCUGAUGUAUAGUAUUACACAGUUUAUUUUGGGUUUAACGCCUUUUUUCAACAGUAUUUCAGUUAUGUAACUUCGGGCAGUUAACCUAACCAGUGUGCCAGUACAAAUCUGUUCUCCGCACGUUACUGCCAACUUCUCCGCAUGAAUCAGAGGUGAGGAACACAAUGUCUUUUAUCAAUUCGUCACGGAGAACAUACGGCCCGCCCGAGGAUCGAACUCACGAUCCGGGCGGCUUAUGAGUGAAAGAUUAUAAUAGAUGAGUGAAAGAUUAUAAUAGAUUUAUAAACUGGAUUUUUCUAGUGUGUUCAAUUCUUAUAAUCAAAGUUAGAUUUAUGAAAAGAUCCUUUGGAAACAUAGAAUGCAACUAAGCAGAAUGAUAGCAGACUCGGUUUGAUCGAGUCUGUUCA